UUCCAAGCCUUCCUCUCUGAUUCUGACACCCUCCUGGACAAGACUCCAACUGACAGCAUCCUAGCUCCUCUUACUCCUGGAUUAAGUAGCGAAUCCUGCUCACCCUCCACCGUGCUCGCCUUUAACCUUCCCCCCGUGCUCCACUGUUACCCUUCUGGAAUCCAUCCACUUCCUGCAAGCAGUUGGCAGUUCCAGAUCAAGAGCAAAACCCAUCAGACUCUCCACUUCCAGACCCAGAUCGUUUCCCCCCUGGCAGUAACCCUCUCAAUCAACUUUGAUGAGUUCCCGGUUCCAGAUUCCGGCAAACAAAUUCUCACAAACCUGUUAAACCUUCUUCUGCCUCCUGAGUGUGCUUCUGCAUCACAGCCAUCCACACUGGGAAGGUCCCGUCCGUAUCAAGGAGUCAGAGUCCGAGAUCCGGUCAAGGAGCUGCUGAGGAGAAAAAGGAGCCUGGAACAUCACAGCGCCAGAACACAUUCCAUAGCUGAUGUAGUGGCUCACAAUAAUCAAUUAUUUACACAAGGUGGUUUUGGUUCAGAUGUUGCCAGUGCUUCCUCAGCUGAGCAGUCAGUUGGAGACUCAGAUGAAGGGCUGCAGUGUGCACGGUGGAAAGCUGCUCCCUCUGUCACCAACACUGGGCUACAGCCUGCUGUGAUGCCAUGGUCUUCAUCUGACUACAACCAGCAGGACUCUGCAGUUCAGAAUCUGGCUUACCCAAACGCCCCUGCUCUCACUGCUGAUGUAUACAUGCAGACUCUAUGUCCCAGCUACACAAUGCUGACCUACACGCACACACCACUACUCACUAACUUUGGGACCAUACCAGUGGCUGCAGGUCAAACCUCCCUUGCUCAGAUGGAGCUCCCAGACUCAGGGCUGGCCUACCCCUUAUGGGCACAGCCUCUUACCACCAUAUCUGCCAUGCCCAGUCCAGGAGUUCAGUUUGCCCCGGCUUCUGCUGCUCUGCCUGGAUCCCCUUUGGUUCACAUGCCGUUACCCAUGUCUCUGACCACCAUGAUCCCUCAGCCAGAGACGCAGGAGGUUGACCCUCACCCUCAGAUUCUGGACGUCUCGCAGCACUCAGAGCAGGAACUGGACCAAGAACUACAAGAUCACUCUCUGAAUAAAGAUCCUGAAGUUGAGCCAGAAUCCCCCAAUCUGCUGGAUAAACUUCUGGAAGACCAUAAGGGGCAUGGUGAAGAAGAAGACAAGGAUGCAUACUCCCGUUCCCUGUUCUUGCCCAAUGUCUGAAGACCCAACCGUUCAUUUUGUUGAAACAGAAAGUAUUUCUUUUUUUACUCAAAGGUUGUAUGUUUAUACACAUUGCUGGUAAUUUUUGCCUUAGUAAAGAAUUCAAAUGUUAAACAUUGUUUGUAGGCAUUUUCUGUAGCUGUUGAAAUUUCCUAAAUUUAAGAUAAACAGUAUCAUCUCAAACACCACAUAUCCCACAAGUGUGCAGAUGUUUCUAAACUACUCAUACUGCCUAGAGUAUAUUUGUGACUUGGAAGGAAAAUUAAACAGAAUUAUUUACAUUUUUUACAAAUAAAAAUUACAUGAUGAUGUCCAUGUGUAUUCAUGACCUUUACUUUGAUACCCCUAUAUACAAUCCAUCGCAACUAAUCAAGUGCUCUUAGGACAAAUCCAGAUGGUCCCCUGCACUCUCCCUAUCUGAUGCAGAAAAGCUUGUUCAUGCCUCUGUCUCUGCCAGACUCAACUAUUGCAAAGCAAUUCUCUUUGAUAUUCCUGGCAAGAACAUACAAAAAUUCCAGUAUAUUCAAAGAAUGUUCUCAUCAGGGUCCUGAAGAGAGUGCAUAAACACAAACCCCUCACCCUUGUUCUCCGUACACUUCACAAGGUUCCUGUCUCUGCCAGGAUCACCUACAAAAUCUCCCUGCUCGCUUCCCACUGUCCGCACGGUAAUAUGCCAUCUUACUUAAAAGAACUCCUCACUCUUCACUGUCUCUCACCCACUGUCCACUCAUCCAACACCAACCUUCUUCACAUUCCCAGAACUCGCUCCCGCACCAUAGGAGCCCAGGCCUUUUCCUGGGCUGUCCCUCGGCUGUGGAACCCUCUGCCUCCACACCUGAGGGCUUCACAGAACAUGGCAUCCGUUAAAACAGGUCCGAAAACCUUUUUUACUAAAUGUUUUAAUAAUCUCGCUUUAAAUGAUUUGUCCUGUUUUUAUUUGUGUUUGUGUUUAUUGCACUUACAGUUUUACUUGUAUUUUUUAUUAGCAUUUUAAGGUCCUUGAUUUUAUUAUAUUGAUUGUUUUACUAAUUGUACCACUUUGAGAUUUCUGUAAAUGUGUGUUAUAAAUAAAAUUAAUUAUAUAUAUAUAUAUAUAUAUAUAUACACUCAUUCA